AUGAGUGCUCCUUUAAGAUCAGCUAUAAAAUGUUACACAUGUGGAGAAGCCGGCCACAUUGCGCGACAAUGCCCAAGUAGGCACCAAUACCGUCAACAAGUUCCUCCUCAUAUAAUUUGUCAUUCAUGUGGAGAAAAAGGUCACUAUUCGAACUUUUGUCCAAAGUUGCAACUCAACCAAAUCUUACCACUUGAAGACCCUCAUCUGCGACCUGCACCAGUACGCCCAGCGAUCGAAGAACCAGCGCCAGCUCCAGUACGGCUGCCAGGACGAGGAUUCCCUAGCUAUAUAGAAGCAAUCAGGAAUUUUGUGGCGGGCGUGUGGCGGCUCUGGAGGAAUUCAAGGAGCUUGUCUAGACGAUGUGUCGUCGGGUUAAGCCUCUUCCGCCGCAUGUGGAGGAGAACACCGCCACUUGUCGCCGGAAGUUUGACACUUGUCCUCCGAGGUGUCAACGGGAGAAAGAACUUCCAGCCACCACUAUGUCUCCCUCUCCAGCCUAUAAAUACCCCUCCUUCACCCUUUAGAAACCUUUGUUCCACCAAACCUUAG